CCUCUCCUCAAGCGUGCUAAUUGUGCUCUCCGCUCAUUCGAGAAGAAGAUUGGUUGUGCUGCCCUUUGCAUACAACAGAAGUAUCCUUCUCUUCCCCUCUUAGCGAGUGCGCGUGAUCCGAUAGCCUGUAGAUUCACCGCGCAGUUUUCCCACGAUGGCCAUCGAUAUUGUCGCCUUGAAGCAGCGAUACGCCGCAGCAGGUCAGGCGCACCUGUUCACCUUCUUCGACACCCUCUCCUCCGAUGAGCAGUCAAUAUUCGCUGCCCAGCUCGCAGCACUGGAUGUGGAGCGCGUUAAUUCAGUUUAUGCAAAAGCCGUCGAGGCAGAUGCAGCAGCUGCAGCCAUGGCAUCCUCCAAGGCCGUGCUCGGGCCACCGCCAGCGGAGAGCACCAUCAGCACCAGUGAUGCCAGCGGCAAGGAUGCACCGCUGGAACAGGAGCUGCGCAUGAUAGGACUCGAGGCAAUUGCACAAGGACAGGUGGGCGUUCUGCUCAUGGCUGGCGGCCAGGGAACACGGCUCGGCAGCUCGGCGCCGAAAGGUUGCUACGACAUCGGGCUUCCAAGUCACAAAAGCCUGUUCCAGUUGCAAGCCGAGCGCAUUCGCAGAUUGCAGACACUGGCAGAAAAGGCUUUCAGCAAGGAAGAGGGAAGUGUGGUCAUUCCAUGGUACAUUAUGACGUCCGGUCCGACACGCAAGCCGACAGAGGAAUUUUUCAAGGAGAGGAAUCACUUUGGAUUGGAGGCGAAGAAUGUCAUCUUUUUCGAACAAGGCACCCUCCCUUGCCUGACACUGGACGGCAAAAUCUUACUUGACACUAAGAGCUCUAUUGCAACUGCACCAGAUGGCAACGGCGGUCUGUACAAGGCGUUACGCGACAAGCUGUACCCCGGCUCCUCCGAGACCGCAAUCAAUUCGCUUCAAACACGCGGCAUCAAAUAUCUCCACUGCUACGGUGUCGACAACUGUCUUGUGCGCGUCGGGGAUCCGAUCUUCCUUGGCGCAUGCAUCAAACAAGGUGUCCAGGUCGGCGUCAAGGUCGUCACGAAGACCGAUCCAGCUGAGAGCGUCGGCGUCGUUGCGCUUCGCGACGGCAAGUUCACCGUGAUCGAAUAUUCCGAGCUGCCCAAGGAGCUGGCUGAAGCCAAGGACAAGAACCACCCGCAAGAGUUGGCGUUCCGCGCAGCGAACAUCGUCAACCACUUUUACACGACUAGCUUCCUCGCCUUGGACGUUCCGGCCUUCGAAGCACAGAUGGCGUUCCAUGUCGCACGCAAAAAGAUUCCCACGCUCGACAUGCAGACAGGAGAGCGUAUCAAGCCCACUUCGCCCAAUGGCAUGAAACUCGAGCUGUUCGUUUUUGACGUCUUCCCCUUUGUCGGCGAGGGAGGCUUGACUGUGCACGAGGUACCGCGCCAGGAAGAGUUUAGCCCAUUGAAGAACGCGCCGGGGACAGGCACGGAUGACCCACAGACAUCACGGCGCGACCUCCUUGCGCAGCAGCGCCGGUGGAUCGAGAAGGCCGGCGCUGAUGUGAGAGACGGUGCAGAGAUCGAGUUGAGCCCGCUCGUGACGUACACGGGAGAGGGACUGGACGGGCUCAAAGGGAAGAGUUUCACGGAAAGCACGGUCGUCGAUAGCAUUUAGACUCGCAGGCUCAACUUCAAUGAGCAUAUGUCAGCAAAUUGUUAGAAAAUCAUAACCCGGAUAUCCUCCCCUCACAUAUCAUGCAACUUAAGGCAAACACGUCCUGUUGCGCUUCUCAGACCGGCCAGUGCGCUCGAGGCAUAUGCUUUAACAUUCUUGAUUCAAAU